AUGAAGCUCCUCACCCACAACUUGCUGACCUCGCACGUGCGGGGGGUGGGGCCCCGCGGCUUCCCCCUGCGGCUCCAGGCCACCGAGGUCCGCAUCAACCCGGUGGAGUUCAACCCGGACUUCGUGGCGCGGAUGAUCCCGAAGGUGGAGUGGGCGGCGCUCCUGGAGGCGGCAGAUACAUUGCAUCUGACCGAGGUCCCCAAAGGGCCGACGGAGGGAUACGAGCGCGAUGAGCAGUUCCUGAGGAAGAUGCACCACGUCCUGCUGGAGGUGGACGUGUUGGAGGGCACCUUGCAAUGCCCGGAGUCUGGACGUCUCUUCCCCAUCAGCCGCGGGAUCCCCAACAUGCUGCUGAACGAUGAGGACAGUGAGACUUAG